AUGACGGGCGUCGGCGGCCCGACCGGCGGGUCGGCCGCGCCGCCGUCGCACCAGGGUCCGCCGCACGGCGGGCCGCCGGACCUGCUGGCCAGUGGACACCACCACGAUCUCGGUGGGUUCACCCGGAGCAUGUCGCUGGUGACGCCGGCGUGGCGCGACACACCCACCGGCGGCCACCAUCUGGACGAGCCGCAGCAAAGCACCACGCCGGGGACGGCCAGCUCGCAGUCCGGCGGUUCGCUGGUCACGCUCGGCGGACAGUGCGAUAAGAACGGACAGAACAUCGAGUGCGUCGUGUGCGGUGACAAGAGCAGCGGCAAACACUACGGACAGUUUACUUGCGAAGGCUGUAAAAGUUUUUUCAAGAGGAGCGUCCGCCGGAAUCUCACGUACUCGUGCAGGGGCAGCCGGAACUGUCCCAUCGACCAACACCACCGGAACCAAUGUCAGUACUGUCGGCUGAAAAAGUGCCUAAAAAUGGGCAUGCGCAGAGAAGCCGUUCAGAGAGGUCGAGUUCCGGCCAGUCAGCCACCCGGGCUCACCGGACUUCCCGGUCAGUUGUGCCUGGCCAACGGCGAGGCAGCAGCGGCCGCGGCCGCUGCCGCUGGAGCCGUCGGACUCAACGGCCACUCGUACCUGUCCUCCUAUAUAUCACUGCUGCUGCGAGCUGAACCUUACCCGACGUCUAGGUACGGACAGUGUAUGCAACCAAACAACAUCAUGGGCAUAGACAACAUAUGCGAGCUGGCCGCCAGGCUGCUUUUUAGUGCUGUUGAGUGGGCUCGGAACAUACCCUUCUUCCCAGACCUGCAGGUGACUGACCAAGUGGCCUUGCUGAGGCUCGUUUGGAGCGAACUGUUUGUACUGAACGCGUCACAGUGUUCGAUGCCACUGCACGUUGCCCCGCUGUUGGCCGCGGCUGGGCUGCAUGCGUCUCCGAUGGCCGCGGAUCGAGUGGUCGCUUUCAUGGACCACAUACGCAUAUUCCAGGAGCAGGUGGAGAAACUCAAAGCCCUCCACGUAGACGCCGCCGAGUACAGUUGUCUGAAAGCCAUCGUCCUGUUCACCACCGACGCAUGCGGGUUGUCGGACGUGGCGCACAUCGAGUCGCUGCAGGAAAAGUCUCAGUGCGCCCUGGAGGAGUAUUGUCGGACGCAGUACCCGAACCAGCCGAUCCGGUUCGGCAAGCUGCUGCUCAGGCUGCCGUCACUGCGCACGGUCAGCUCGCAAGUCAUCGAGCAGCUCUUCUUCGUCCGGCUAGUGGGCAAGACGCCCAUCGAGACGCUCAUCCGGGACAUGCUGCUCAGCGGCAGCAGCUUCAGCUGGCCGUACAUAAACUCCAUGUGA